CCUAAAUAAUAUCUCCAACUCGACAAUAUAAUUACAUUUACACUUAUGCUUACAAUUACAAUUAGACUUCACAAUCACGAUCAAAUUCCAAAUCUAUUGUAAGCAACACUCUAGAAUAAUCGCCUGCACAAGCAUCUACUGCAUUGCGAAAUCUUUAUAUUCUAUCGGAAUCGCGCGAUUGUCGAACCCCCACAAUGUCCAUAACCAUCACAACCACCACAGCCCCUUCAUUCCUCAACCUUCCUUCCGAGCUCCGCCUCAAAAUAUGGUCUAACCUUCUCCCCGGCCCUCGUACCCUUCCAAUCCGCUAUUCUCGAGUCAAUAAAUCCUAUUUUACUCUUAUCCCCCCUUCAAUCCUCCUAUCCAUCUCCUCCGAAACCCGUACUCUAUUCCUCGAACACUAUGUCCUCCUCAAUCUCAAUCCCUCCUACAACUCCACAAUAUACAUAAAUUUCUCCCUGGACACGCUUUGUUUUGAUCACGAAGAAUGUUCAGCGGUAGGAGAUUUGGCUUUGGAUUUUAAGAAUUGUCCGCAGAGCAGUUUAAUUCAACGGGUGGAUAUCGAUGUGCACUUAUGGGAGAUCUUAAGGUUAUUUCGAUUCGAUGCUCUUUCAGAGAUUAAAUAUUUACAUGGGUUGCGGAAUUUGACGUUGUUUAUGAGGCGGUAUGAGGAGGAGCAGCAGUGUUAUGGAGAAGCUUUUGAGAGGAGUAGAUUGGCGAGGAGUAGGGAAUUGCUGGCUGGCAGGAUGUUGUUUGAGGGACAAACGACGGACAGAGAAAUUUCCCAGUGUCAGUGGUAUGUACAGAUGGUAAAGUGGGAGGUGGAACAUGGCGAGGAUGAGUGGAUUAAAGGGAAACCGAGUGUGCAGAUGUGGAUAAUAUGAGGGGAAGGAGUUUCAUAUGACGAACACGAAUAAUGGAAUUGGAAAUUUCUCCAAUGGAGCUCCGCGUCUGGACGUUCACCUCAUCACCGGGUCGUCCGAUUGCGUGCUGUAGCAUUCUCGUGUUUGCUUUAACCCAUUACUUCCUGGAUUGAUGAUAUCUAUGUUAUUAUCACGGACGGCAUUCAUUUUGGGUAAAUUGGACUCACAAAGUACGAGAGGGCUUGUUUGAAUAAUGUUUAUCUAAUAGAGGAUGACUUGAUAGAAGUGAGCGCUGGGUGUGGUGUCCUAGUGGACACCUAUAAACAUGGCCUUCAGCUCAAUUCCAUGUAUAGUAAGACCUCAUUAUACGGAGCUAAAAGUUUUGUUUAAUUAAAAUUCGGUAUCAAGAGAUAUCUGAAAGAUAUUCAACAGCAAUAUUAAUAUUGUAUAAUGAUCUAAGUUUCAAUU